AUGGAAACUCCAGCUCCAUUCGAUUAUGACAGCUAUAACUGGACUCUUCGGGAUUAUAACUACAACGAUGAUUCAUUUUAUGUUUCAUUUUCAUCAUUUUUCUACAUAUAUUUCUCCGUUCAAAUAAUCUGCAUCGUUUGCUACAGUUUGACUUUCCUCGUCGGGAUAACGGGGAACAGCCUGGUCAUCUGGAUUGCUGGCUUCCGGAUGAAGAGCGUCAGCUCCGUGUGGUUCCUCAACCUGGCCAUAACAGAUUUAAUCUGUAACAUUGCGCUCACUGUCCGAAUAGCAGAAUGGGCGCUGGUUCUAGGCGGCUCAUUUUUGGGAAAAGGCUUAUGCGCUCUUGCGGAAAGCUUCUUAUUCUUCAACAUGCUUACUAGUAUCUUUUUUCUGACGACCAUCAGCAUCGAUCGUUGCGUGUCCAUCUUCUGGCCACUUUGGUCCAAAAUUCACAGGACACCCAGAUUGGCCAAAAUAAUCUCCGGGGCUCUUUGGCUGGGGUCUCUUGUGGUCAGUAUAUGGUUUAGAGCAGCUUAUUCAUUUGAUUCCUAUUUACCAGAAUGUUUUCCGAGAUAUAUGACAACACUUCUCACUUUGGAAAGAAAACGUGUGAGUUCUAUGUUAGUUUUUAGACUUGUCUUCAUGUUCGCUGGUCCCUUCUUCAUUAUCCUAGUUUGCAAUGCCCUGAUAGUUUACAAACUGAAAAACCGCAAAAGAUCGAGAAGUUCUCUUCGACCUUUCAAGGUCAUCACCGCGGUAGUGGUCUGCUUCUUCAUCUGUUGGUUUCCGUACAUCGUCUGGCCAUUUGUACCGCUGGGUGGCAAACACUGGAAAGUAGACAUGCUAACGACCGAAAUUUCCAUUUGCUUGGCCUACGUCAAUAGUUGCAUCAACCCAAUCAUCUACGUCUUCUUCUGCCAGGAAUUUAAGGAUAAUUUCCUGAAGUCGUUACCAGAAAAACUGGAAACUAUCAUGAGCGAAAAGAUCGAUCUCAACACUGGAGAGGUUGAUGACGCCAACGCUGUGCCGUGUAUGUCGAUGAAAGGUCACGAUGACGCGGAAGCGUACGCCGAGACUCUCAAUACCACUCGAGGCGUUUAG